UGGUUACUAAGCAACUUACGCGCGCCACAUAAGCUGCGUCAUUUCCUGUGUAGGGACGCGUUGGAGCGAGCCAGUUCAGUCGAUCCUCUUGCUCCGACAGCUGAAGGCUAGACGACGAAGACAGUCGGUCUCCGUGCCUUUUUACUUUGUUUCUUUGCGCACUUACGCAACGAAUAACUUUCCAACCUGUUUGAUUUUUUGUUUGUUAAUUGUUUUUUUGUCUAUGGAAUACACCUGGCUCACUUUCUAAAGGACUAAAGCGCGUUUCAACUUUCUGAUAUGAGCGUGCCAAAGGAUAACAACUUUGCGUUUUAGUUUGAGUGACAUAUCCUCCAAAUACGGGACGAGUGGAUUAGAACCGAACGCUGAACCGGUGCUCUACUUUAAAAACUAAUCAACGGGAACGCAUUCAUGUGAUUAUGGUGGUUGUAAAGCUUUGGAUUUCUGGGCAAAGAUCCUAAACUCCCUCAUAAGGGAUUCACCGUUGACGACAGAGAUAUUGGAGAAGACGCACUGGCCACUUGACCCUUUUUCGCGAGCGCAAGACGCACCGGAGCGCGCUGCUUUCUGUCGGUGUUAUUUGGAAGGUCCUCUGUGACCCGUUUGGUGUAAUAUUAAUUAUGACAGUGAACAUCGAGGCAUCGCAGUGCCAUGCGCCGCUCCGCAGACUCCUGUAGACUCGGUUCCGGUGCUACUGCAAUGCUCGCCGGACCCCUCCGCUUCCGCGUGGCUCUGUGAUCCAGGCAAAGGGCGCGAGGAUGAGCACAGACCUGGAGCGCCUGUCGCUCAACUCUUCCUCGGGCAACUCCGUGGCGUCUAGCGCGCGUACCCUUUCCGCCAACGUGAAGAAGCUUCACAACGCGCUCAACCUGCUGCUCAGCGACCUCGAGAGAGAGCAGUUCAUCCACUGCCUCAACGUGUACCACUCCAAGCGCAAUGUGUACGACCUGGUCCAGACGCUUAAAGUCAUACUGAACGUCCCGAGCAAGCGUCAGCUUCUGCCCAUGCUGCGGCUGGUCAUCCCGCGCUCGGACCAGCUUCUGUUCGAUCAGUACACAUCAGAAGGGCUCUAUUUGAAAUCCGACGUUCUUGCGCGCAAUGGUGACCCAGACGGUUCCCACGAGGCUGCUAAUUCGAGUCCAACAGACGGGGCUCACUUCUCGCCUCCUUCCGCGUCUCAAGCCGCUCUGCGCGGGUCUCCUGACACUAUCAGCACCAGCAGCGAUGGGACAGCGACUCUUAUUCCUUUACUGGGAAGAAAUUUCUUACCGGAGCCGCCUGGAGAGAUUCGACAGGUGACCCUCAAGCGUCACAAGAGCAACGAGGGUUUGGGAUUUAGCAUCCGCGGAGGAUCCGAGCAUGGAGUUGGGAUCUAUGUGUCACUGGUAGAACCGGAAUCACUGGCUGAAAAGGAGGGUUUGAGAAUUGGAGAUCAGAUAAUGAAAGUUAACGACAAAGUGUUUGACCGGGUCACACACGCAGAGGCAGUUAAGGUGCUGAAGGGCAGCAAAAAGCUCUCCAUGUCAGUGCGUUCUGUGGGACGGAUCCCGGGCGGUUAUGUCACAAAUCAUGUCUACACCUGGGUGGAUCCGCAGGGGCGCAGUGUGUCCCCACCCCCUGACCUGCUGACGGAGCAUCGCAGUGCCACCCUGCGCAGGUCCAACAGUCAGGGCCGCAGCCACAUGCAGCUUCUGCAGGACGGCGAUGAGAAGAAGGUAAAUUUGGUUCUGGAUGACGGCCGUUCUCUGGGUCUCAUGAUCCGUGGAGGGUCUGAAUACUCUUUAGGUAUCUACAUCACAGGUGUGGACAGAGGCUCUGCAGCAGAGUGUGGAGGACUAAAGGUCGGCGAUCAGAUCCUGGAGGUUAAUGGCCGGAGUUUCCUCAGCAUCCCACACGAUGAGGCUGUACGAGUGCUGAAGUCUUCACACCACCUGAUGAUGACUGUGAAGGAUGUCGGGCGACUGCCGCAUGCCCGCACCGUAGUGGGCGAGACAAAGUGGAUCACAAGCUCACAGAUUACAGACAGCUCGGCCAGCGGCAGUGUCACGGGCCUCUCUCUGGACCAGGGAGCAUCAGCAUCAACAAAGGGUGGCUUUUAUAAAGGUGUGGCGGGAUCUCAGGUGACUCUGUCCAGUUUGGUGAACCAGAGCAGGGCCAUGCUGGAGGAACAGGCCAGACAUCUGCUGACCGAACCGGAGAGGCAAACCAUGGGCUACUACAUCCAGGAGUACCGCGAUGGUCACAUCGGUGUUGAGCAGCUGGUCAUGGCCCUCUUUGAGCUGUUCAAUACACAUGCCAAGUUCUCUCUGCUGUCAGAGGUGAGGGGGCUUGUGACCCCUCAGGAUGUGGAGAAAUUUGACGGCCUGGUUCUGAGACGAGAGAUUGAGGCCCUGAAGGCGAGGCAAGGUGGCGGAGCUGGGUUUCAAGACUCCUUCUCCAUGGUCUCAUACCCUGAUACGCUGGCCUCCUCCUCAGCCAGCUUCAUGACCAACACCACCCUCAGCUCCGCACGGGAAAGACUCCUCUGGCUGAUAGAUAUGAUGGAGAACGAUGGUGUUGCAGAGAACAACGGGGAACAGUCUCUGGAGCGUAGCAAUGCCCUGCCAGACAUAUCUCUGGAUGAGAUUCAUUCCACCUCAGAUUCCCCUCCUUGCUUUAAACCUCCUCCUCCCCCAGGGCUUCAGCGCCGGCCCAGUCGAAAAGCCACGGUUAGCAAACGUCCCUCUUCCAGCUCCUCCCAAUCGGGCUUGUACUUCACUGCCCCUUCUCGUUCCCAGACCAAAGAACCCAAACACCCAAAAGCACCCAAACCUCACACAUCUCCUCCUGACACCCUCAAGAUAGACGUCCCAGCACCUCAGCUCUCAGUAGUGAGUCAGCAUCCUAUUGGACCAUUCCCACGGGUCCAGUCUCCUAGUAAGGUGAAGCCUGCUGUCCAAUCCUCAUCUCCGAUUCCUCCACCCGCCCCUAAUGUACCUGCGCCACCAGGGCCGCCACCUCCUCCUCCUCUGCCCCCUUGCCCAGAUAAGCCUGCCCCUUCUUCCCCAGCAUCCAAUCAGCAUUUUGUCAUGGUGGAGGUGCACAGGCCCAACGCAGAGCCUGAUGUGAACGAGGUGCGGCCGCUGCCACAGGCGCGAGGAGGGACACUAUCCCAGCUGUCAGACAGCGGACAGACCCUUAGCGAGGACAGUGGUGUGGACAUUGCUGAAUCUGGACGUCUCAGUAAAGAUAGCAGCCCACGUCCUGCCCGCACAAGAGCCCCACGGGAUGGGCACGGAGGAGGAGAAACAUUUGCCAAACCGCCGGGUCUGUUGGAGCCCAUGUCCACUCUAGUGAGAGUGGCAAAAAGCGCCAGUACACUGGGCAUCGCAAUAGAAGGCGGGGCAAACACACGUCAGCCCCUCCCACGCAUCGUUACCAUACAGAGAGGUGGUUCGGCUCAUAACUGUGGACAGCUGAAGGUGGGUCAGGUAAUCCUAGAGGUGAAUGGAGUGUCUCUCAGAGGAAAGGAACAUCGGGAAGCCGCACGUCUCAUCGCGGAGGCCUUUAAAACCAAAGAGAAGGACUACAUUGACUUCUUGAUCACAGAGUUCAAUGUGGCUCUAUAGGACCGUGCGAGUCCCAUGAUGCUGGGACACUGGGACAUACCGCAACAUGUCUUGCCAUGAUUAACUCCCAGAAUCCUGUUACAUGGUAGACUUCAGCUCAUCCUCCUCUGUGAUGUUUUGAAACCAGUCACUGUUUGAAAGGCGAUCCUGUGUGGACCAGCCCCACAUUGACCUUUCCAAUGGCAAAUGCCAGAACAGAGCAAAAGUUCAGUCUGUUCUGGCCGGUUUGUUUUAGAAGAUAGGACCAUCUUUUCAGUUGACUUAUUCUUUAUGAGUUUCUAUAAUGAAAUUUGAUCAUCUGACUGCUAUACCGCAAGAGACUCUCCGUCGAGCUUGAAUGUGUGUCGUGUUUUUGAUAUACGAUACCAUCAUGGAGUCUAGGCCCAGCAUCUUGUCCUGGUGUGAGAGUUUGUGUGAACGUGUCAUGGAAAUCAUUGUUGUUGUUUUUUAAAAGUCAUAGCUAUUUUAUAAGAAAUAUGUAAAAAUGGAUGAAAUGUGCUUAAAAUAUAUAUUUAAAGUUUAAGAGGUGCACAUAACUACUGACUAUAGUAAAUAGUGAUUAACCCCAUAGAGACUUGAACUGAAGUGCUUCUCACUACAAAUUUCUGUGAGCAGAACUGCUGAAACAUCUGUCAUCUGCCUUUUUAAAAAAAAAAAAAACAGUUUGUGCUGUUUUGCAGGGGGGUUUUUUCCGCAUCAUACGGUAAUUACUAAACUAUGGCAAUCAGUCAUUAGGACAGAAAUGCUGGAGUCCUGAGAGACAUCUACUGUGUUCCAAUAUCUAGUGAGCUGCCUACGUAGACAGCAUUUUAAGACAGCAUAGGCACUUACAAUUUUAAGAUACCAUGUUCUGGCCAAAUUUUACGGCAGAAGCAUAUGCAUCAGGGCUCAACAAUAAGGAUAACUCAUUGACCAUGAAGUUAAGACAUAUCGUUCAGAAGUUUGGGGUCGAUACAUUUAUUAGACCAAAAAUAUAGUAAAAGGUGUAUAGUAUAUAUGAAGAGUUCAGAUGCAAAAGCCUCUUAAGUGCCAUCUGACAAAGACAAAGAUAAGACAAAAAUAUUGAUUUUUAAAAACAGUAGCAUAGCAGCAGGCUAAUGCCCAACUAUUAAAAUCAGUUGCAAGUCGAAUCUCGUGUUCACUUACUACAUAGAGCACUCCAAAUGAUUUGAAUUUUGGCUAGGAUGUUUCCUACAUAGGCCAUAGACAGCAAGGCAGCUCACUAGGUUUUGGGAAGAGUCUUUGAAGACAUGCUGGCAUUGUGAAGAUUCUCAGAAAGAAAAAUCAUUCUUAGAUUUAUUUAGAUGGAGCGAGAAAAUGAGAAGACCCUUUAUCCAGCCAUGAGUGGCGAAGCAGGAACUUGACAUUGCAAUCAGAGACGAACAGCCAUCGAAACUAAUGAAAAGUUUAGAUCUUCAGCGAGGGAUCUGAUUGAUGCAUUGAAAAAAAAGCAUUCAGACUGGGAAGAGGUGGCAACACAAAGCAACAAUGUGUCAGUCAUGUUAUAUAAGCGGGAACAAGUGGGAGAGGAAAUUGAGAAAUGGUGUUAUUGUAAUGUGUGUGUGAGUCUGUCUGUCUUUGAACGCAGAGGCAGAGUGUGAAACAGUCCCACAGAGCCAAGAUAUGUGUGUGUGAGAAGGGGAGUGAAAACUACCUGAAGCUUUGAAAUAUUGACUAGUGCAAGCAUAGGACUGCUCAUUUCCACCUGCCCACCCUCUCGAAUAUGACAGCCAUCUUAAGCCCACCUAGAUCACAUAUGCCACCAUUUUCACUCCUCUACAGUGUGUUGCUUGUUAGACUCAGACAUUUGAACAGUGUAUAUAUGGUAUAUCUAUAUAUUUUAAGUAAAUUAUUUGUAAAAAGUUGAUAAUAUCAUUCUGAAAUCUUUUCCUUUGUAUAGCUGAGGUGCUCAGAGGGAAGACAGGCAAGACUGAAUGAACAACUUUUAAAGCUGCAAAAAAUGAUUUUCCUACUUUUCCCACUUUCCUUUGCAUUUGUCUUGUUUUGUAGUACAAACAUCUAAAAAUUCUUAAAGGGG